AUGUCUUCCCAUUCCUCAGUAUCAUCUGGAGAGGACUGCUUUAUUGAUGCAUUCGGAAUCAAUGUGCACGCCCAUCGUAUACCGGGUAGUGCGAGUCCCGCAGCUUUCCAACCCACACCUGAUAUGCUCUCUACAUACCGACGUAGUGGUCCAAAAUCUCGUAGUGGAUGCAUAACAUGCAAAAUCCGGCGAAUAAAGUGUGAUGAGGCGAAGCCUAGCUGCCAAAAGUGCUUGUUAACGGGUCGAAAAUGUGACGGCUACGUCCCGCCAAAACCUCGUAAAAAGAAGAGUAAGGCUCGGCCUUCCAGUCAACAACUUAUGAGUUACAAAGCUUUGGAUCGUGGUCUUGCCGUCACCUGGAACCCGACGACAAGUAUUGAAGGAACCUAUAACCAACGAAGAGGCUUCCACUAUUUCCUGACAAACAACUUCUCUGAGAUGGCGGGGAAUUUUGAGUCAGACUUUUGGAAUAAGGUGAUACUCCAAUACGGUCAUCAGUUUCCGACCGUUCAGCACUCGCUGCUCGCACUAAGCGCAACAUAUGAGGAGCGUACAUCCAAGGGGCUGAUGAGAAGUGCAGUCAAUAGCAAGUAUGUUCUACAGCAAUACACAAAGGCAGUCAGAACUCUAGGUGAAUACAUCUCGUCGUCCGAUCAAGAUCCAAGAGCAACACUCAUUGCUUGUCUGUUGUUGGUUUGGGUGGAGCUGCUGCGAAGAAACAUUGACCAGGGAUUCCAACAUCUGUUCAGCGGAUUUAAGAUUUUGGCACAUCUGCGAAGUGCUGGGGUCAUAACCGGCUGCGAGGAUGUAUACAGCUCACUGGGUCGAUCUUUUAGGCGACUCAGGAUUCAACUUUCGAUACAUGGAAGUACUACCGACGAGAUCGCUAGGACGUGUCCCCACACCAUGGACAACGUCUUGAAAAUGCCACACACAUUCUCAAAUAUAGAUCAGUCGAGGGACGUUCUUGACGCAGAAUUUAAGGCCGUUUUCGGAUACUAUCGACGGAUUAGGGAUGUUGUAGAAUUUGGGGACUUUGAAUUGGUGGAUCUUCAAAGUGACGCGGCCAUCAGACAAGCAUAUAUUCUUCGACUCGAGCAAUGGGAAAGAGCAACUAGAAGGAUGGCUAUGAACAAUCCUGAUUUGGCCCGGAGCGCAGAAUACGUAUAUAUGCAGCUCUAUCACUUGACUGUCUUGGUGCUCUUGAAGAUCCCAGUGGCGGACGAGAUGGCGUAUGACAGUUAUACCGCAGAGUUUGAGCAGAUUGUGAUGCUUGCAGAGCGAAUGACCGGGUUGUACGUUAAACAUCCUUUAAUGUUCGAAAUGGGAGUUAUUCCACCGCUCUUCUUCGUCAGUAUAAAAUGUCGCUUGCUACGCGUCCGAAGAAAAGCAAUGGAAAUCAUUCGCCAGGCUCCUGAGCAAGAAGGACUGUGGAUUCGCAACGAUACGCUGAAUUUCUGCGAAUGGAAAAUUAACAUAGAAGAAGCCGGUAGGGGAGAUGUACCGGAGACGGAGCCAUUACCUCUGAGUGCAAGGAUAACUCAUGAACAUUUGUCCAACCAUGCGAUUGAUCUGGAUACUUUCGUUCCAUUCGAGAGAGGGACAGGGUUGAAAAGUUAUGUGAGAUAUCGAAAAGCGGAUUUGUCGACUGGCUUUUUGGCGAUGGAGUUGACAGACGACAUGAAAUAUAUGGAGUGGAUGGCAAACAUGCUCGCAAGAAGAGCUCCAAGAGCAUGCCAAUCAUGUCGACUACACCUUCUAACGCUGUUUGAAAAUGGCUUCGCAAGCACUGCUACCAAAGGUUCAUCGAGAGCUCGGUAUACCACCUCGAUUCAAUCGCGUACACAAGCACCCGCAAGUCGAAGGCUUCCCUCAUCUACUCGAUCGUUUACGCAAAGCAAGCGGCUCGCCGACUUACCAGAACAACCAAAUGCAGACCCAGCUCCAGUUGCUACGGCGGCAGAAAUCGAGACGAUAGUGAGGGAGGCAAGACAGACGUUUGGAGAGACAUUGCCGAAAGAUUACUUGUCAGCCAAAGAGUACGUCAUAUACGAGCGUUUAUAUGGUCCGCCAUUACGAGAAACAGUAUACAGUGAUCUGGAGUAUCUGCCAGGAGGGGAAGAUGAGAUUCAAGAGUCUGAGGUCCGGAAUGUGCUGUUGCGGCAAAACGCUCAAGGAGAGUAUGAGGAGGUCGAAAUAGAUCCAUCAAUUGAUCUUUCGCAUGAGAUCACAUUGUUGGCUGCAGAGAACGUGGUAAGGCAGGAGGGCGAGGAGGGAGAGGAGUUCCUAGAUGAACUGGCUGAGGAAGAGCUAGCAGCGGAGGGCGAGGAAGGGGCAGAAUCGCUGGCGAAUGAAAUUCUGGAGGACGAACAAGAUAUGGAGGAAGAAGCAUGGCUCGAUGAAGAGGUCGAAGCUCAACAGAGUGGCGAGGAUAGCAUGGGGGCGGAGGAGACACAGCCAACACGAAACAUUCGAGGCAGAAAUCAGCGGGAAAUAGAAGCUAUUGCGCGUUUGCACGAUGAAAUGCAGGCAGCUGCGGCCAAAGACAUAAUUGAAGAGGAACCCGAAGAAGAUGUGAACGAAGAAGCCUACGAGGAAGAAGUGAUAGAGGAGGAGGAGGAUAUGGAGGAAAUUGACGAAGACGACGGAUUGGACUCUGAUACAAUCCGAACCCAUCCGCAUACCAUGACUGCUAGAUCUGGAACUAAUCCAAGUACCAUCAACUUGAACAAGCACUAUUUUGUUGCGCCGAUUACAGAAUUGCUUGAACGAGCGGAUAUCAAGCACACGACAGAAGCGGCAGAGAAGGCCUUUGGAGGCAAAAGACUCCCGUUUUCUACGUCAACUCCGGAUGCAUUGAAACAUCUUCCUCAGAAGCCCAUUGGCUUGGAUGCUUCACAGCACAGGAUGACUGAUGUAGAAGCAGAUGCAUAUAUGGCAGCUGUGAUGCCCGGGACCUAUGCCUGUGCAUCCAGCACCAUUGUGGAAGUUCGCAAAAGAUUAGGCACGAACUGGCUGCGAAGGCUCCUAAUGCGGACGGGGGUAGGACCAAGAAUUAUGGAUGCUGGUGGUGGUGGUGCGGCAGCUGUUGCGUGGCGUGAGAUUGCACAGGCAGAAUGGGACCUUAUGACCGAGGAAGGCCUGGUGAAGGGCGACCUGCCACUGGGGAAAACGACUGUACUCACUGGCUCCGAUCGACUCAGACACCGGAUAUCACGCUUUCUGGAAGACACGACUUUCUUACCUCGGUUACCUGACUAUGUCCAUUCUUCAUUAGCAACUCAGCAUCUAGAUGGCGGGACCCCUCAGCCUCGAAAGGUGUAUGAUCUUAUCAUUGCACCACAUUCUCUGCUGCAUUUGAAGGAAGACUAUCGGCGAAAGAAUGUUGUUCAGAACUUGUGGUCGCUAUUGGAUCCCAAGGGAGGUGUGCUGAUACUCAUUGAGAAAGGACUUCCUAGAGGAUUCGAAGCUAUUGCAGGUGCACGUCAACUAUUAUUGGAGACACACAUUUCUUCACCCGGUGAUACGACUACAGAAAACGAGAUUGAGUCACCUGCUUCGGAUAUUGUACGCUUCGCCGACAAAGAAGAAGGAAUGAUAAUUGCACCAUGUACCAAUCAUAAUAAGUGCCCUAUGUACUUGACCCCUGGCAUAAGUUUUGGUCGUAAAGAUUAUUGUCACUUCUCUCAGCGGUUCAUUCGGCCUCCAUUCUUACAAAAGGUCCUUGGUGUGCAAGCCCGCAAUCAUGAAGACGUCAAAUUCAGCUAUGUCGCCAUCCGUCGUGGCAUCGAUUUGAGAAAUCACAAAAAGUCACUACUCCAAGGUGACGUGGCUACAGACCAAGCAUUCGAGGGAUGGGAGGAAACCGACUUACCAGAUACCGAGUCCCACAAAAGUGAUCCUAGCGAGUUGAAGUUUCACUCGCUCUCUCUUCCGCGUGCUAUAUUGCCACCAUUAAAGCGUCGUGGCCACGUUACGCUCGAUCUCUGUACUCCGUCCGGAAAGCUCGAGCGCUGGACAGUGCCUAAAAGCUUCAGCAAGACCGCUUACCGCGAUGCUCGCAAAUCCAAAUGGGGAGAUCUUUGGGCUCUUGGAGCUAAAACUCGAACAUUACGUUCACCAAGACUAGGAAGAGCUGCUGAGGCCAGUGGCAAAGGUGGAAAGCUCAAGGGGGUCCGUGAUGGUAGGCAAGGAAAGGGCGGGAAGAAGGUCAAGGUGAACAAGUUUGAUAUUAUCAUGGGCGAGGAUGGAUUUGAGGGGAUUGAGGAGGACAGGAGUCGAACCAAAUUUGUCAAGAGGGAGAAGAGGACGAAGGGUGGAAGGAUUUACAAGCCGAGGAAACCUAUUGGGGAGGAUGAUCUUUAG